UGUGUAUAAAGCCGCAGCCUACAGAUCCUGCUUCACUUCGACUCAGCCUGAGGUCACAGCAUGGCCUUCAGCCGACUUGUCAUCGUGAUGCUGCUGAUCCACGCCGCAGGUGUUCUUGGUGCUGAGGUGAGGAGCUCCAUCAUUGGGGGGGGGGAUGCCGGUAAGGGCAGAUGGCCACAAAUGGCCUUCCUGAAGGCCAUCACAGCUGAUGGUGUGCACAAGUGGCUCUGUGGCGCCACCAUCCUCAACAGUGAAUGGGUGCUGACUGCUGCUCACUGCUGGGAUAAACACCCUAACCCUGAUAUCCACCGAUCGAUGGUUUGGGUGGGCACGCACGAACUGAAAAAAGCGUCUGCUCGUUACCAUGGCAUCCUUCACUUCAUUCCCCACUCUGAGUACAAGGCCCUUAACACCGGCUUCCAAAACGACAUCGCCCUUAUCAAGCUGAAGAAGAAGGUGAGGUUCAAUGGUUUGGUCAAAACGGUGACUCUGCCCGGCCCUGAUGACAUCAUCCCCCCCUCCUCUGAGUGUUGGAUUGCCGGCUGGGGGAACAUUGGCGCCAACAGUAAGUCAUGCAUGGCAAGCAGCACACACUGUGAGGCCACAUAUCAGUCACAUCAAACAGCUUAUCGUCAACAUAUAGAAAUGCUAAAUUGAGGGGCUGGACAUUCC